GACAAAUCUGACAUUGUUACUCCGGUCUCUGUUUUGCUACAGCGCCUUCAGAGGAAGAGACGCUUGUUGACUACUUGAGGAGGGGGAAAAAAUCCCUGGAAGCAAAGCAGAAAGGUAUCUUGCCCCCCACGCCCCGAGGUGCAGGACCCGGGGCUCCGUGGAGGUGUGCAGCUGGGCACAGCCGAGAUCAUGACAGAAGAAGUCCCCAUCGCAUCCUGCACACCCGAGUGCAAUGGGAACGUGACCCCGGAGGGGGGUCCGCUCCAGGUCAUUGAUAUCAUUGAUGAAAUAGCAAAAUCUGUCGGGACGGUUCCUUAUGCAAACGCAGAAAUCGAUCUUGACGCUCCACUUUCAAAAGAGACUCAGGAGGAAAGUAGAAAUUCAUUAGCAGAGAAGACAAUAUGUGGCGAUUCUGAUGGAGAGAAGCAAUGUGAAGAAAAGCAAGAAGAAAAUGAUGCGACUCAGCAAGACGGAUCAGCUGAUAUCCCUUCCCAGGACACAAGAACCGAUGGCCAGAAAUCAGAAGAAGGGCCAGGCGAAGCAGGAGUUCCUGCGCGCAGCGGAGAGCGGCAGGAGGCGAGGCGCGCCGAGCCGCCCGAGAGAGAAAAUACAACGGAAGAGGAGGAGGACACUGAAGAGGACGAAGUUCAGUUGAUAGAAAUCAAGAAGGAGAACAGUGAGGAGUCUCAUUUAAAGAAGCAAGAAAACGGCAAGGAGGUUUCUCCUCCAACCAGCCCCACUUGUAACUCCCAGCCUGAGAAACCAGGGGAGCAGCCAGGCUUGGGGAAGAAAAAUGAUAUCUCCAGACACAGUUAUUCUCGAUACAACACAAUCUCCUACCGGAAAAUCAGAAAAGGAAACACCAAACAAAGAAUUGAUGAAUUUGAAUCCAUGAUGCACUUAUAAACUGAGGUGGAGAGUUUACUUAACAAGCCGAAAGGUCACUUGUGUUUUUGUUCCUCCCUCACCCAAGACACGUCUCUUCACACAAUAGGAAGUCACCACUGUUUUCUUUCUGUGACUGAUUCCAUAAUACACUGUGAAAGUUUAACAUCUGUAUUUCACUUUGACGUCAGGCAAAAGCAUUCAUAGCACAGGAAAAUAAAUGAUCAGUUUGCUGCAUUUAAUACCAUUUGAUUCAAAGUUCAUCCUUUCAUUUUCUAUCCCAUUUUUGUAGCCAGGCCCGGACAAUGGGGAGUUUUGAACUAGCGGGAGUUUGCGUAGCGGCAGACAGGAGCGCGCGCUGCCGUCAGUCGCGCCGGUAACCCGCUGGCGGCGUGGUAGUGCCAGUAUCGCGAGGCAGCGCGGCAAGAAUAAUAAAAGAGACGACUGUUGGCAACCGCCGUGCUCUCUUUGGCUGUCUGUUCGUGCUGAUGUCUCGCGCCCCGUGCGAGCAGCCGUCCCUCCCCGCCUUGCGCCGGCGGGAUGGAGCGCUGUUGGCACCCGGGGAUAAACGUGGCCGUGCAGAAAUUAGAGAG